ACCUGUGUUGUGGUGACAGGAACUGCCUGUGGUUCAUCCCUUCUGUUUGCUCUGGGUUCACCAGCAGGAAUGUUUUCCAGGCUGCUCAGGCUAUGUCUGAAAGGGAAUGGCGAUGAAGGAGAGACCAGACCAAAAAAGAAGGAAGAGGGAAUCCUUUCUCAUGAAAAAGGAAGAAGGAAAUUGUUCUGGAGAAGGCACAGGUCUGCUAGAAAUACUUCAACCCAAAAUUCCAACAUCACAAAUCAGAUAUCAAAUAUAAAUAAAGUAGAAGAAUUGAAAUUGCAUAUAAGGAAGAUCAGCAAUGAGAGGAAGGAAAUGUGUGAAAUCCUGAAUGUUUACAUGUAUGAGGAUUUAAACUACAGGAUGAACACUGAAUUCAACAUAAUUAAAUCACAACAUGAGAAGACAAUGUUGGAUAUGAAUAAAAUGACCCAGUCCAUAAUUGGUUCCAUGCAGUACUCCAUGGAACUGAUAGAAGAUAACUAUUCCUACAGCAUUAAGGAGGACCACCUCCUCCGUGAGUGCACUCAACUCAACGAAAAAGUAAGGAUAUUACUGAAUGAGAACAGAAAGCUGCUGGUGGAGCAGGCUGGAACGCAAGUGUCCCAUGGGGAAGAAAAGAGGUUCUGUGAGGAGGCCAGCAAGAACAUCUGUGCCUCAAGUGCAAAGGAACAGCAGCUUCCCUAAGUGUGAAACAGUCUAACAGAAACUGGAAAAUGGCACAGACCAGGACAUGAUCUCCCUCAAAGAGAAGUGCUGGAGGAAGAGCACUGCGUGUGCACAGGAAAUACAC